GCUGUCGACUGCUGAACCAGAUACCGUAUAAAUAAGAAGCACUUUCCUAACGAAAUUUAAUAACUCAGUAACCGCCCUAGUGAAAGCAGAAAUGGCACGCUACGCAAGUGCACUCUUCUUGGCAAUCUUUGUCGCAUUUGUCUACACAUCCGUCGAAUGCGCGGUGGUAGUUCCAGGCGUUUCUAUUCAAGACGCAACUGUUCAAUUAGUUGGAAGCAAGCCAAGCAAGGAGUGCAUGCCAGUGGGGGGUCGAUGUCACUCCAGUGCUGAUUGUUGCAGCAAAAGAUGUCUUACUUAUAGUGCAAAAUGUGUUGGGUGAGAAUCUCCGGUGAAUACGAAGUCAUAUAUACAUAUCUAACACAACGCCUUGCCCUUCGACUAUUUAAUUACAAUAUGUUUUCGUGUAUCUAAUUUAUUUAUUUAUUUGAAUGAAAAUUAUUUUCAAAUUUUAUUACCGUCAUAUUAAAGAAAUAUAAUUCAUAACAGCGUA